AUGUUGGAGGUGUUUACAGUUGUGUGUGCGGAUUACAAUACCCUCAUGACGGACGAAAACCAACCCACCCCUACAAAGUUAACUGGAGGGCCAUUUCAGCCAACAGGCAUGACUGGUCUCCAGCACACAAUCAAUAUGGAGGGUCGCGAGGACUUCACAGAAGAGAGUGAAUGCUGCAGCACCAACUCCCAGGAGGUCGAGGGCCAGGACAGCCUCUCAGAAGACAGUGACAGUGACCCUGACAACCAAGAGGAAGAUUUGUCAUACAACAGCUCAGCUGACGACCUCAUGAGCACUGACAGAGUGCAGUGCCGCCUGCAACGAGCAGGAGUCAAAGAGGAGAGCUUGGACAAUGGAGACCACAGCACUUUUGCUUGUCCUCUCUGUUCACUGGACUUUGACAACCCUGAAAAACUCAUCACUCAUGUCUACCAGCAUACAACCACAAUGAGCAACAACAAGAGUUAUGUAUGUCCAGUGUGUGAGCGCGCCUUGAGUUCACCGGGCUCUCUGGGAAGGCAUCUUCUCAUCCAUUCAGAGGACCGUCUGUCCAAUUGUGCAGUCUGCGGGGCACGCUUUACAGAUACCAACAACUUCAACAGGGAGAAGCUGAAAGAGGUUCUUGACCCAAGCAGACUGGAGGUGAGUGGAGGCAGUGAUAUGUGUUCUCUGUCUCUCUCCAGUAGUCCCAUGGGGAGCCCCAGCCCAGUGGGACGUUCCUGCCAUGGACCUAGUUCAGCUCCAUGUCAGCUUCCUCAGGGCCCAUGUGUUUCCUCUGGUCAGGAGCCCAGCCUCUGCCCGGGUCCAGGACACAUUUCCAGUCAGUGCCAAGGACCCAGACCAUGUCUGGGCUCUGACCAGACCUUCCCCUCACUGUCCGACAGCCUGCUCUGUGAAGGCCCAUCGCUGGCAUCAAUUCCUGAAGCUCUAAACUCCUCUUCCUCAGGCCUCCCUUCCAUCUCAGACAUUCUCAGUCCCUUGCCUGUUUAUCCAGCAGGAGUACUUCUGGUGUGCAACAGCUGCAUGGCCUAUCAGCAGUUGGUAGAGGCUCAGUCGCCAAUGAGAAAGUGGGCACUACGAAGAAAGAAUGAACCUGUCGAAGCUCGUCUGCAACGUCUAGAGCGUGAACGAACGGCUAAGAAGAACAAACGAGCCUGUGAAAGUGAGGAGGAGCGGGAGCUGAGGAGGCUCCGGGACCGUGAGGCCAAGCGUAUGCAGAGGAUGCAAGAAACAGAGCAACAACGAGCGCGAAGGCUACAGCGGGACAGAGAGGCCAUGAGGGCCAAGAGAGCCAAUGAAACACCAGAGAAAAGACAGGCCAGAUUGAUCCGGGAACGAGAGGCAAAGAGAAUCAAACGACGACUCGAGAAGAUUGACCCAGCUUUGAGAACUCAGAUAGAGCAUGACCCCGCGGCUAUGGCCGCUCUCACCGCAGAUAUGAGUCUGUUCCAGUUCCCCUGCCCCCUGCCUGUCCCCUCCAUCGAUAAUGGUUUGUUCAUGAAGUUACCCUGA